AUGACAACACGCCAAGAUCAAUCCAGGUCCCCCUCCAGACCUCGUCGGUUCUAUAAACGAUCUACUGUAGCUUGCAAAGCCUGCCACGGCCGCAAGCUUCGCGCCACGCCCGACAGCCAGCAGGGCAACUCGACGUCGCCGGCACACAGCCAUGAUCACCCCGAAAAUGAGGCAGACGACAUUUCCGGCCGCCGAUAUCCCCCGGGUCUCCAGGCGAAUGAGGCGGCAUCCAGCGCCGCGGGCAUGGUGUCGGGGUUUGCGCCUGGCCCUCCGCGAGACGACCAGAUGAAUGGAACUCGCAGCCCGUAUUACCUAGGCGACGAAAGGGGACCGCUAGCCUUGGCCAUCAACAUUUGCCGCGACGAUGGCCUCAAAUCCUCCCGACAUGCCUUCCUGCCCAUUAACAACAGCACGCCACUGACCCCGCAGGACUGGCAGUAUCUGGAGCAAAGAGGCUGCUUCAGCCUGCCGUCUCGCGAGCUGCAGGACGCGUUGCUCCGCGCCUACUUUCACUAUGUGCAUCCCUUUGCGCCCGUCAUCGACGUGGCCGACUUUGUCUAUCGCUACACGACCGGCCACGUGAGCGUCUUGCUGCUUUGGAGCAUAUUUGCCGCGGCAGGCAGCUUCAUCGACGAGCAGCUGCCGACUAACGAGCUCGGGGCGACGAGGAUCGAGGUCAAGGCGGCGGCGUUUGAGCGGGCAAAGGCGCUCUACGACUUGGAGUACGAACGGGAAACGAUAGCGCUCAUCCAGUCGACGUACCUGAUGAGCUACCGGCUCGGGUGCCUCAACGACGUCAAGGGGCCGUGGUACUGGAUCGGCGUCGCCAUCAACCUCGCCUACACGGCCGGGCUUCACCGUCUGCCGCCUCCCGACUCGCCCGACUCGCCCGCCGGCAACUCGCGGCUCUGGAUCCAGCUCUUUUGGAGCGUCUACUGCCGCGACGUCUGGCUGUGCCUCGCCUACAGCCGGCCGGUGCGCAUCCUCCUCAGCGAGGUGACGACGCCCAUCCCGACCCGCGUCCAGCUCGCGUCGGCCCCCGUCGAGGUCCCCGACGACAUCUACCACCGCUACCUGCCCUACGAGAUCAACGAGCUGGCCCGCCUGUGGCUGUGCCUCGUCAGGAUCAGCGCGACCCUGGGCAGCGUGCUGUCGUCCUUUUACACGGCUAAGUCGUCGGGCCCGACGCGCCAGCAGAUCGACUACAUGGAGCACGAGAUCGAGGCGCACCUCGCGGACCUCCCGGCCGGGAGCCACAGGAGCGAGCUCGUCAUGAUCCACGUACACCAGAUCCGGCUGUAUCACGAGUACGCAACCAUCCCUCCCUCCCCUCCCAUCACGACGCCGUGUAUCACUCCGUAUAUACAUAACCAUAGCCUGCCGUACGAAAGCCCAGCCAAGCACACCGACUCCCUCCAGUCUCUGUGCCUCCGGAAAAUGCGCGCCUCGGCGCUCCGCAUCACGCACCUGAUCAACGUCAUGAUAGGCGAAGGCCUCACCACGCACGUCCACAUGCUCACGUACAGUCCUUUCCCCCCCUCCCCAAAAUACCCACCAGCAGCAGAAGCACAAGAGCUAACGCGCGCAAGCAGCGUCAUUGCCAUAAUCCCCUCGAUGCAGGUGCACCUCGUCGACCUCAUGUCCUCGAGCCAGCCGACGCGGCAGGCGGGCGAGCACAACCUGCACCUGUGCAUGGUGCUCCUCGAAAACCUGCGCACGACGCACGUCUCGGCCAAGGCGACGCACUGCCUGUUCAACGCGGCCAUUGAGAAGAUUAAGAAUAAGCCCACGUCGUGUCCGUGCCCGCUGCUAAUGGGCGGCGGGUCCGCAUCGGCAUCGGCGGCGGCGGCGGCGUCUUCGGGCCCCGCGUCGGCCUCGGGCUCGGAUAACCGGAGCAUCGUGACCGACGACGACAGCGAGAGCGUGUUCCCUGUUACCGUGCCAGGAAUGUCGUAUCUGGAUAUGCUGCCGAUGAUGUCGCCCGACGGGGAGUUUUCGCUGCAUGAUUAG